AAGGGCUCGUGCUGCCGGCGGAAGUCGUGGCAUGCAUGUCAUGGCUACCUGUCUGAAAAAUCUGUAGCUAAACUUUCACUUUGUUCUGAAAGCACAACGAUUAUGGCGACGUUUUUCGGGGAAGUCCUGUCGGUUUACUCUCGGGCUGUGGAGGAAGACGACGAUGAGCUUGAUGAAAACGAGGAAGAUGAGCAAAUCCGCAGAGAGCUGGAGGAAAAAAGAGAGGUUCAUCUGCACUGGAGCCCCGAAGUCUCUGAGUCGCUGAAGUCUGGAAACAAGUUGCAGUGUUCAAACUUCGUCCUUGCUGUGGGACAAAAUGCUUCCAGUUUUCUGUCAGUGCACAUCCUGUCCACGGCAAACUGGGAUACAAUCGGACGUGCGUCGGCGUGGAACGAGAGGAGCCGAGCUGUAACGGGGCAAAGCUGCGAGGAAUCGGCGUGUGUUUUCUACAGACACAAGGACAACCCAACAGUUUUGAUAUGCCAGGUGUCGUGCUACGUUGCAGAAGACCAGCUUUUUCAGUGGACAGAAAAGGUGUUUGACUGUCUGCAGCACAGAGAGCUAAAUGUGACGGUGCUGUCAGACACCUCUGUGGCUGAUUAUAAGACGGCAGACUAUCUGGGUGGCAGCUCCGCUCCCUUCCUGCGCUCUCUCCACACCAGUGCUUUCGGUGAUCAGCCUGUCUGCCAGUCACUGGAGCAACCCAACAUAGUUACUGGACUUCCAGCUGCAGUACUGAACCACUGCCAGGUCCACCGCAUCUCCGCUGUUGUUUACCAGUGUUACAGUGAUGUCAUUGGCCCUGACUCUGUCACCAUGGAGACCUACAAGCCUGUGCUAACCAAACUUGGCAGAUCUAUACAGCUCGAUCUGUCUCCAAGCACAGAUGCCCUCCGCAAGUUUGUCAGGACCACCGACCUUCAGAGUAAUCUUUAUAUCUGAGUCCAUGUUGCACACUCUGUAAUUCUAUUUUUCUGUCAUAAAAUGCUCUCAUUUUUUAAAAUAAAGACAUUUAAGGAAAAAAAAUAUUAGAAAUCUUUUAAGUUUAAUUAUUUACUUCAGUCUGUCCAUAAAUAUUUGGUCCUAAAAGUUUCCAAAGAAAUGCAGAUGCAUACCCAGAAAGCUGUUGCAGCUUUAUGGAGAACAUAUAUAAACUUUUAACUUGCAUGUAACUAUUUUCUUAAGAAUUACAGGCUAAAUCGUUGCACAAGGUGAUACAGUUCAUGUAAAAACAUUUCCAUCGGGGAUUAAAAACAGCUGAGGUUACUUGAAACUACAGAUUUGUAAACAGCUCAAAAUUCACAUUGUUUCCUCUGUUUUCCUCCCCCUCUGAUUCCUGAAUAAAGUCAAUUUUAUAAAUA